AUGAGACUGGUUCUUUCUAACCCAGGACUGGAUCACAGGAUCCCUUCCUAUGAGGAUCUGGAGAGGAUGGAGGAGGAGGAGGCUGGGGACAGGCCCAAGUGGGACAACAAAGCCCAGUACAUCCUAACCUGUGUGGGCUUCUGCAUUGGGAUUGGCAAUGUGUGGCGAUUCCCUUACUUGUGUCAAAGUCAUGGAGGAGGUGCCUUUUUGAUUCCCUACCUGAUCCUGCUGGUGCUGGAAGGAAUGCCUCUCCUGCUGCUGGAGUUUGCCAUUGGCCAGCGUCUCAGGAAAGGCAGCGUGGGAGUGUGGAGGGCCAUCCACCCUUAUCUGACUGGUGUUGGCAUUGCCUCCAUGCUGGUGUCCUUAUUGAUUGGACUGUACUACAACACCUUAAUAGCCUGGAUCAUGUGGUAUCUCUUCAAUUCCUUUCAAGACCCACUACCUUGGACCCAGUGUCCACUCAAUGACAAUGGGACAGGGUUUGUACCAGAGUGUCAAAGGAGCUCCACCGUGGAUUACUACUUUUACCGAGUGACUCUGAAUAGUUCGGCCUCUAUAGCUGAGUCUGGGGGAAUCCACUGGCCCAUAGUAGCCUGCCUGUUGGCUGCCUGGACAGUCAUCUGUAUCUGCUACAUACGGGGGAUCGGCACUUCAGGCAAGGCCGUAUACGUCACAGCCAUUCUGCCUUACAUAGUGCUGGCCAUCUUCCUGAUCCAAGGACUGACUCUUAAAGGCGCCCUGAGUGGAAUAAAGUUCCUUUUCACACCAAACAUUGAUGAGCUCAAAAAACCAACAACUUGGCUGGAUGCAGGUGCCCAGGUCUUUUAUGCCUUUAGCUUAGCAUGGGGUGGACUCAUCUCCUUCUCAAGCUACAACCCUGUUCACAACAACUGCAUGCAAGACGCCAUGAUCCUGUCAGCCGUAACUGGCUUCACCUCAGUCUAUGCUGCCACAGUCACCUACUCCAUCAUUGGCUUCAGGGCCACAGAGAAAUAUGACAACUGUAACAGCGUAAACAUCAUGAAAUUAUUAAAUGCAUUUGACCUUCCUGAAGACAGCAUCACUACAAGCAACUAUGAGGCAGCAUUUAAUCACCUCAACAGCUCUUUUCCCGAUAUUGUUCUUGGUUUGGACAUUGAAACCUGUGACAUGCAGAAACUUCUCAGUGAGGGAGUGGAGGGAACGGGUCUGGCUUUCAUUGUGUUUACAGAAGCCAUCGCCCAGAUGCCUGGUUCUCCAGCCUGGUCUGUCCUCUUCUUCAUCAUGCUUCUCUGCUUGGGACUCUCAACCCUGUUUGGCAACAUUGAGGGAGUAGUGGUCCCACUGAAAGACCUGAAUCUGAUACCUAAAAACUGGCCCCAAGAAGCAGUAACUGUAUUCAGGGAUUUAUUGGCUAACUCUCUUUGACAACUUUGCUGGAUCU